AUGCUUGCUGUUGUUUUGCAUGUUAUUGUCACGCUAGAGGCUUUGAAGAGUGACCGUACCCAGUCGAUGGAUACACUAAGAAAAUAUGUUUGCAAAUUGACAGUUAUUGUGGAAGCUCGUUCGAAUAUAUGUAGCAUACUGUUAGGAAACCAAAAUUCUGGAAUUAAUGUAAGAAACCCAAAUUCUGGAAUUGAUGCUAUUGCCUGUGGUGUUGAUAAUGUACCAAACAAAGAAGCAGGUAAUAAGAUGGAUCGACGUUAUUCGGAAUUAAUUACUUUGGUGAGCGAUUUAUUUUGCAAAAUAGUCACAGCUGUGAUGCACUGCUUAGUCUUACAGAUUUUAUUUAAUUUUCUGAACGGUUUCAUGACUCUUGUUAUGGAGAAUGCUUGUUUAAGAUCGGGAAAAUUCUCGUACUUGUCGGCACUUGGCAUAGUAUACACACGUUGUCCUUUCAUAACGCUGGAUGGAUUUAAUGACGGAAAUUGA